AUGAUACCUAUACGACACACGCGGCACAUCGCAGUCACACUGUUGGCCGUCGCACUCACGCAGCCGACUGCCGCCUCAAUACACCCAACACAAACAGCCAAUGGUACAAUACGCGCCACACCAGAUCCGCUGCCGCCGGACCAGAUCGCUGCCCGCAAUGCCGCCCCAGAUGCGGCCACGACCGUCACCGCCAUGCCCAGCUUGCCGAGCAACGCACCCGAGUACACGUCCGACAAGCUCUUCCAGUCGGCCAUUCUCAACAGCACCAACUUCUUUCGGCGCGAACACAAUGCCACCGCCGCCACCUGGAACGCCACCAUUGCCCAGUUCGCCGCCAGCUACCUCGACGGCGACUCCGACUGCACGUUUGCCCACUCGGGCGGGCCCUACGGCGAAAACAUUGCCGUCGGCUUCCAGACCGUGCACGGCGCCAUUGACGCCUUCGGGCUGGAGCGGCGGCUGUACGACUUCAACCACCCGAGCUUCAGUGAAGCCACGGGGCAUUUCACGCAGCUGGUGUGGAAGGCGAGCACGACGGUCGGGUGCGCGCGCAAACUGUGCGGCGGCGCCGCAGCUGGCAUGAAGAACACGGGGUGGUUCCUGGUGUGCGAGUACUGGCCACGGGGCAAUGUGAUUGGGCAGUUUGCGCAAGAGGUCGACCGGCAGACGAGCGGGCCGGGCGCUGACGACAGUGACGGCAACGGGGAUGGAGAGCCGUCGGUGGCUGCCGGUAAGCCGUCGAUGGGCGGCGUGGCGGCCGCCGUCGUCGUUUUUGUGAUGCUCACGGCAGCCUUUGCCAACGACGUACGGCUGACCGUAGCGGAUGCAUGA